AAAGAGAGAGAGAGAAAGAGAAUGGGAGGGGAAAAAAAAAAACCCAACCCAGCCCCUCUGCUGGAGCGUCAGCAGAUACAAUCAAGCCCGGCUGAGUCUUUCCUGCAGUCUCCACUUUGUUUUAUUUUCCUCCCUUCUCAUCUGCUUCGGAUUCCUUCACACAGUUUCAAGUUCUUCUCGCGCACCCGACCCCUCCCGCCCCUCUCCACACACGCGCCGCGGGCUGAGCAGGAAGAGGCAGCCCUUGAAGGCUCCGCGGCGGCGGCGGCUGCUCUCUCCCCGCUGCUCGCAAAGUCCGGCGGGCCGGAGGCAGCCACCAACUCCUCUCAACUUCUGCGGAUCCGCUGGGCGAAGCAACACGCUUCCUGCACGUCUCUCCUAGGGGCUGAGCCGGAGCCCAUAGAAGAACGGAGCCAGAAUCUGAGGAUGCCUCCAUCAGCUGGUCCUAGGGGAAAGAGGACACAUUGCAACCACAGACCUGGAUCAGUGUCGAGGGGUGAGAAGGACCAAAAAAACAUGUGGAUAUUUUCUCAGUGACCGAUGAUGGAACCCAAACUUCUCUGGAGAAGAGGGAAGAGGGAUACAGUAGCAGAGCCCUAAAGACACUAAAAUACAUGUUCUUCAAUGCUGUCACAACAGAAAUUAGCUUUUUCUUCUUGGUGGAGGUUGUACACUUCACUCCUUUCCUCCUUUUCAAAUCUUCAUUAAAGGAUUACCUUUUUUUCUGGAAAACCUCUCCUGAAUCCCUCAAAGCCAGCUAGAAAUCAAUUUAGUCUAUCCAGUGCAACAACUCAAUAUACAUUUUCUUCCAUUAGCCUACAUAAGGGCUACUACUGUGAGCCAAGCACUGUGCGAGGCAUUUUGGGUUAAAAGAUGAAAAGUCAUAUCCCUACCCUUGUGACAUACCUUCUAGGAAGAGUUGGUUAUGGAUUCAGGUAAUAUUGGGAUCAUCUGGAUUGGUUCUUAUAGGUUAAAUAUAGCUAUAUAAUCAAUGGCUUAUAGUCAGGUAGGCCCUGUAAAAAGUAUCUAUUGGUAUGGACAGAGAGUCCUUACAGGCUAUAGGGCCUGGAGCAGAUGUAAAAUAGCCUCCAGUCAAGUAAGGCUGGGGAUACAUUCUUUAUCAAGAAUCUACAACUCCAAAAUUUUAUAGAUAAGAAGUUUUGCUGCCUCUCCCCUCACCACCCAAGUGGAUUACAUGCUGAUGUCACUUGGGCCAUGAUAAGUGAUCCGCCAUAGUGCAGUGCUGAUUUCUGGUGGUUCAGGGGUAGCCCUGCCUGAAAACACACAGUGUGCAGAGGAAGCUAAACAAAGCCGUGUUUGAUUCCAUCUGUUUCCUUUCUGGACCAUUUAACCACCCUGAUCUCUUUCUUCUCUCCCAGAGGGGUGUUACUCUUUUUAAAUUUAAGCUUUGUUAGAUUCUUUUUAAAUUUAAAA